CUUUUCGAUCCUAUAGACCCACAGACGAUUCGUACACAUAGACUACGCACGAUGGGUUACAAAGCAAAGAACAAGCAGGCCGCUCCUAAACCCCUGCACGAUCCGGAAGCGGUCCGACCGGAGUCUCGUCGUCAGAACAAGCGGAAAGCAGAGGAAGAGGCCGUACGAGCCGCCGGCGGGAAAAAGACCAAAAGCAAGGAUGAGAACAAGUCCAAGGGGAAGGGAAGAGCUGGUGUACAGGUUGCUAGGCCAGUAUAUUCGGAUUCGGAUGACGAGCAGCCGUCAGGUCGAAAGACGCAACAACAACCUAAAAAGAAGUCGCUCAAGUCGAGCAAAAAGUCCUCGGCCGAUGUGACGUUCGAUGACGAUUCCGAGCCCGAUAUCAACGACGAAUCGGCAUUCUUGCACAACGAUGACCCCGAAGCUCCCGAGGUUCAACACAACUUCGACCUGGACGAAGCUCCUUCGGGCGAAGAGAACGACUUGGCGGCGUUCAUGGGCGAGGCAGACAGCGACAGUGAAGGAGACGACGAGGAAGAUGGCGAUGACAUGUUCGGAGCUGGCGGAGACGAGUUUGAGAUGAGCGAAGAUGAGGACGACGAGCUGGCAGGUGGAUUGGAGCACGAUAGUGCUUUCGACACGAGCGAGGACGAAAAGGACGGUGCCGAUGGCGAUGACAACGAGGAUGAGGAUAUGGAGGCGGACGACGAGGUACCUCCUCAUCUUCGUCCGAACCCCAGCAUGGCUAUCGACGACGACGAAGACCUGGACGGACAGAUCACUACCAACUUGAUGGGCGACAUCACCGCUUCCGAGUUCACCCUCCCCGCCGUGACCAAAUCCCGAGCCAAGACCGCCGAGGACGUCGAUAACGGAGAAGAUGAUGACGAUGAAGAGCAAUUCGAUGAGCUCGAGGGGAGGACCAGCUUGAGGGAUGUCGAGGCGAGGAUGAGGUGGUUGGUCGGCGUGCUUGGGGGCAAAGAGAAGGAUGAGGACGGGGAGGUCAUCCCGGGGCAGGAGUUUAGGGGGAUCAAAGGAUUCUCGCGCUCGGACCACUUGUUGCAGUUGCAGCACGAUAUCGCCACUUACUUUGGGUACAACAACUAUCUGGUUGGCAAGCUCAUGGUCUUGUUCUCCGCCGCCGAGGCCCUGGCUUUCUUCGAGGCCAACGAGACCCCCCGUCCCGUGACAAUCCGAACAAACACCCUCCGUACGCGUCGACGAGACCUAGCCCAGGCGCUGAUCAACCGUGGAGUCAACCUCGAACCGAUCGGCAAAUGGAGCAAAGUCGGUUUGCAAGUCUUCGAGUCGAGCGUGCCUAUCGGAGCUACGCCCGAGUACUUGGCUGGACAUUACAUGUUACAAGCCGCUUCGUCAUUCUUGCCCGUCAUCGCGCUCGCUCCUCAACCUGAGGAACGUGUACUGGACAUGGCCUCGGCACCGGGAGGAAAGACGACGUACAUUUCAGCCUUGCUCCAGAACACCGGGGUGGUCUUUGCCAACGACUCGAACAAGGCGAGGACGAAGAGUUUGACCGCCAACGUGCACCGUCUCGGAUGCAAGAAUGUUGUCGUGUGUAGUUAUGAUGGAAGAGAGUUCCCCAAGGUAAUGGGUGGGUUCGACAGGGUGUUGUUGGAUGCGCCUUGCAGUGGUACAGGUGUCAUAUCGAAGGACCCGAGCGUCAAGGUCAACAAGUCCGAGCGAGACUUCCAGCUCCUUGCCCACCUGCAGAAACAGCUCGUCCUCUGCGCUCUGGACUCGUGCGACCCUUCAUCGAAGACGGGAGGUUACGUCGUCUACUCGACCUGUUCAGUAACGGUCGACGAGAACGAGAGCGUCGUAGACUAUGCGUUGAGGAAACGACCCAAUGUCAAGCUUGUUGAGACCGGGUUGCAAUUCGGUGUCGAGGGAUUCAAGGCGUUUGGUGGGAAGCAGUUCCACCCGAGUGUUUCGAUGACCAGGAGGUUCUAUCCUCACAAGCACAACAUGGACGGUUUCUUCGUAGCCAAAUUCAAGGUCAUGAAGAAGACGAAAAAGACUGAAGCCGCCAGUGCCGAGGCACAGGACCAGGACGAUGCCAUGGAUGUAACGCUUGGUGAAGAGGAGGACGUCUUGGCCAACGCCACAUUCAAUGAUGACGAGGACGAGGCUAUCAUCAAGGAUUCGAAACGCCGGGCACUGAAGAGCAAGGGAGUCAAGGUCUCAAAAGGCAAGGGGGACAAGGUGGCAGAGGAGCCGGUCAAGGCGCCCAAGCUGAAGAACAAGCCUAGACCGUUGCCUGAGUCGACGAAAAAGACGACGCGCAAGGCCUAGGUUCAGUAGCGAUGUUGUUUUUCUAUGUACUUCUCGGGUCAUGAUCUUCUUGAUGGUAUUGUUGUGCGUGUA